CACUCAGGCGAGCCUUUGGUGCUCUCCGUGACAGCGCAUUGUGCAGUGCUCUUGAAGGAUUUAGCCGUCAUGCCCGAGCCGGCUAAAUCUGCUCCCGCGCCCAAGAAGGGCUCCAAGAAGGCGGUCACUAAGACGCAGAAGAAAGGUGAUAAGAAGCGUCGCAAGAGCCGCAAGGAGAGCUACUCCAUCUACGUGUACAAGGUGCUGAAGCAGGUGCACCCCGACACGGGCAUCUCGUCCAAGGCCAUGGGCAUCAUGAACUCCUUCGUCAACGACAUCUUCGAGCGCAUCGCCGGCGAGGCGUCGCGCCUGGCGCACUACAACAAGCGCUCCACCAUCACGUCGCGGGAGAUCCAGACGGCCGUGCGCCUGCUGCUGCCCGGCGAGCUGGCCAAGCACGCCGUGUCCGAGGGCACCAAGGCGGUCACCAAGUACACCAGCUCCAAGUAAAAAGGAUUUUAAGUUAGAACCCAAACGGCUCUUUUAAGAGCCACCCACCUUUUCAGUAAAAGAGCUGAUGCUGUG